AUGGCGUGACGACCGACGGGCGACGACGUUAGUACAACAGCAAAGUUGUUGUGCUCGGUUUAUCGAUCGUUCGGUGUUCGCCUUAUCAGUCACGAAUACGAUAUGAUAAUAUCGUCUGUGAUUAUUAUUACUGUUAUCGCUCAACACCAAAGACCCAAUACUGGGUCCGUGCGGUGACCGUGGUACGCACGGCGAACGUCUCCCACCGAGCGGCCAAUCAAAGCGGUGACUGAGUGACGCGAAAUGCCGUACCUACUACCCGCCGGACCAGGGCAUAAACAACAUGCGCCAGACACUUGUCCGCUCCUGCCGUGUUAAAUGUUAAUCGCUUCGAAAUCGAUAACGGCAGUACCUAUUAUAUUGUAGUAGGCGUGUUAGAUAAGCUGUAGCCCGUAGGUAUACGCUCGCGUACGUCGUUGGUAGGUCGUAAAUCGAUUGAAACAAAUUGUUGGUUUCUGUCGAUGGUUAUGAGAAAAAUAAAUCGAAAUUCGUCAGACGAUUAAGAUGUUUGUCGUCGUCCAAAGUCCGGACUCCAGACCUCCUACCACUCCUACCGGCACAGCUAGUUGUUAUUAUUAUUAUCGUAUCGACGAUUAUGGAAUUAUCGUUGUUGGUAAUUAUGCGUAGAUAAAGAAAAGAUAACAUCAUCAAUCGUCAUUUUAAUUUAUAAUCAUUGUUCCGUCCUCCGUCGUUAUUUUUUUGUCGUGUUUCGCUGCCACUACUCGCUACAAUAUUGGCUAUUGAGUAUCGACAAUAAAUAUUAUCGUAAAUUAGUUAAAUCUUAGAAGUUACGGCUCCGCAUCGUACGACCUACUCAAACUCGGUGUAAAUUAGAAGAUACAUAUUUUUAUUAUCUGUCUUAUCAAUAUUUUCGUUCACGCUAUGACUGCUGUUCCGUCGCCGAUAAAAUACAAUACGUUUUCAAGUACGAUGGAUUGAACUGAAGCUGUUCCAUUGGCACCACACAGCUGUUCGAUAAAGAAUCUUAACUGAAGGAUGGAUAAUAAUAUAUUUCAUGAAUUUAAUGGUGCCGCUAGAGAUAAAUGUAAUUAUUAUAAUCGAACGAGAAAUAGACUUCUUAUUACAGCUUAUGAAGGAAUACCUGAAACCCUUUUACUCAAUGCCUUAGGGUGUGUUCUCUUAGUUUUAUUUUUUGCAUUCAUGAGAAAAAGAGCAUGGGAUUAUGGACGUUUAGCAUUAGUCAAUAAAGAUUAUGAAAAGUGGUCUCGUAUAUUUUAUGGUACAACUGAUGAAAAUUCAGAAAAUAAUAUUGAGGAUGGCAAUUCUACAACUACAUUAGACAACUCAAUGCCUGUUGAUAGAGGCUUAUUUUCCUGGUUCUUAACAAUUAUACAGCUAAGAGAUGAAAAAAUUUUACGUAAAUGUGGUUACGAUGCUGUUCAAUAUUUAUCAUUCCAAAGACACAUAAUGGUGUUAAUGGCUAUAAUUACUGCAGUUUCAUUAGGUGUUGUACUACCAAUCAAUUUUGCUGGUGAUUUAGAAGGUGAUGAAAGAUCAUUUGGACAUACUACUGUUAGCAAUCUUCAUCCUGAUUCACCUUGGCUGUGGGUACAUGUGACUAUAGCCAUGUUAUAUUUUCCAUUAACUAUUUGUAUAAUGAGAAGGUUUUCUGUAAAUCUUAAAUUAGAAGAAAAUGGUGAAUGUUGGUCACGUACAUUGAUGAUAACAAAUAUUCCUAGACGAAAUUCUGACAUUAAUGAUAUGGAUCGACAUUUUAAAGAGGCAUAUCCUGAAUGUGAAGUAGAAAAUAUUCAGCUUGCUUAUGAUGUCAAUAAAGCUAAUGAACUAGAUAGAGACAGAAAUGCUGCAGUUCAAGCAAAACAAUAUUGUGAAAAUCAUUUAAAAACUGUUGGCGAACGUCUUACAGUGCAACCACAUGUUUGUGGUUAUAUUUGCAUUUGUUGUGGUUUCUGUAGUUCUAAUAAUUUAGAUGCUAUUGAUUAUUAUUCUCAAGAAGAAGCUCGGCUGAAAGCAGAAUUAGAAGCAGAAAAAGAAUCUGCUUUAAAGAGACCUCUGGGUAUAGCUUUUGUAACUAUGACAACAAUUCAUACAGCUAGACUUAUUCACCAAGAUCAUGUUUACAAAUUAUCUAAAUGUGGUCGUCAUAAUCCACCUACCAGUUCUGUGGCUGGUCUACUUCAACCAUAUCGUUGGAGAGUAACUUUUGCUCCUCCUCCUGAUGAUAUAUUUUGGGAAAAUUUAACUGAACCAUCUCACAAUCGAUACUGUAAAAUUGUAUUAACAAAUUCAUUUUUAGUGAUAAUUUUAUUUUUUUUGACGACUCCUGUGAUUGUGUUAAAUGUUAUGGACACACUUAAGCUUAGAGAAAUUGAAAAAGCUAGUCCUAUCUUAUCAGAAUUUAUGCCUACAUUAUUGUUGUGGACUGCUGCUGCAUUAUUACCGGUAUUAGUUAUAAGGUCUGAUCAGUGGCUCAGUCAUUGGACAAGAUCUAAAAGAAACCAUUCCAUUAUGCGUAAAACAUUUGUUUUUCUUCUAUUUAUGUGUUUAAUACUUCCAUCAUUGGGAUUAACUAGUGCCCAAGCAUUCCUUAUGUUUGCAUUUCAAGCAGGUAUUGAGACUUAUCGUUGGCAAUGUGUGUUUUUGCCUGAUAAAGGAGCAUUCUUUGUGAAUUAUGUUGUUACAUCUGCUCUUAUUGGAACAAGUUUAGAACUCAUACGAUUUCCAGAACUUUUUAUGUACGCUCUCCGAUUAUCAUUAUCAAGAUCAAAAGCAGAAUCUGCUAGUGCUAGAAGAUUAAUUCUUUGGGAAUUUCCAUUUGGUGUACAAUAUGCUUGGAUGUUACUUAUAUUUUCAAUUGUGACAGUAUAUAGUCUUUCCUGUCCUCUUAUAACACCCUUUGGUCUAUUAUAUAUGGUUACUAAACAUUUUGUUGAUCGUUAUAAUAUAUAUUUUGCCUAUGGCAAAUCAAAAAUUAGUAAACGUAUACAUAGUACAGCUAUCAAUUGUGUUAUGGUUUCAAUAGUACUUUUACAAGUAAGUUUCACUUCACUCUCAAUGUUGCGUCACGGACUUCAUGAUAUUACAUUAUUUGCCUUGUUUGGACUAAUAAUAACAUUAACAUUCACAUUAUCUCAAUGUUUCUUCCGACAUUGUACCGCAUGGAGUCCUAUACUUUAUCAAGUUAGAAAUCCACGUACAGUUCAACCAAGUCCAGCAAGAAGACGUGAUCAUUCACAUGGUUAUGACUAUGUCCCUGAAGUAUUACGUCAACCUUUGCCACAUACAGCAGCAAAUUCUCUAAUUACGUUGACACCAAAUGAUUCUGGUACUACAUUGGACGACUUGGAAAUCGAGAUGAAACAUAAUGAUGAUAGAUCAGAUUAUCAUCCCCAAACUAAAGUAACUAUAGAAUCUCAAAAUCACUGUGAUCAACUAUACCAGAAUUAUGAUUAUAGUCAAACUGUUCCUGUAUAAUAAGAAACAUGUUCCAUUUUUACUUUUGGUUAUCUUAUUUCACAUUAUAGGUAAUUAGUUUUAUAUUGUUAUUGAAAAUUGUACAUGCUGAAUGCUGAUAUUAGUGACGUUUCUAUAAAAUAUUUCUAAAACAUUAUUACCAUAUUUUCAUAAAAUAAAUUAGCUUCUCUUGACUUAUAUAUUUACAUGAAAUUAGUUUUGGAAUUUAAUUAGUGAACACGACUCUAACUUAAAUACAUUUAUAUAAAAUUAGAAAAAAAUAAAAUUUUAAGCAAAUUAAUUAUGUUUCAUACAUAAGGUUAUAAACAUAUUUUCAUUAUCAAGAGGUUAUGUACAUAUUAUAAUUUUUGAUGCUGUAAAAAAUAAUAUUUGAUAUAAUACCACAGAAACAAUAGUUAUUAUGUUUUUCUUAUAUAUAUAUAUAUAUAUAUAUAUUUAUCAUGCUUUUAAAAAAUUUCUUUAAAAUUGAUAAUUUAAAGAAAUAAUUUUACUUUUGAUCAGAUCAUAAUCAGUCAUUAUUCUUUAUAUAUUUAUUUAAUAUAAAUUUAUCUUAUUUCCCUAUUUUCCCUUUUUUCCCUUUUUUCAUUAACAUAAAACAGUUUACAGUGAAAGUACAAUUUUUCAAUGAAAUAUGUGUAGUACAUAAAUACUUUGCCUAUAACACAAUACAUCACAAGAUAAUAAUUUAAAUGUCUAUCUAAAUAUGUCGAUGUAUACUAUUAAAUAAUUCACUUAAUAAAGCAUACUAUUUUUUUGCAUGAAUACAAAAAUUAUAUAAUAUUUUCUUAUUUCUCUAACAGAAGUAAAUUUUAAAAACUAUUAAUUUGAAAUAUAUUUUAAAAUGAAAAUAAAUAUUCUUUAUUAUAAUAUUAUUGAUCUACGAGUUAUGUGAUGAAUUUAUACUUGACGCAUUGAUAAAUCAACCAAAAAAAAAAAAUUACUAUUUUUAUAAAUCGUUUAUUGUAAUCAAUUUUAAACGAUGUGCUAAAAUCUAGCAUGAUGGCAACUAAAAAAUAGCAAUGAUAAAUAAUGUGCAAUAAAAUUAUACUUAUUUUGUGUGGUUUACUAUUUUAUUCAAACCACAUUAAUAAAUAAUUGUACAAUAAACUGAUCUCUGUGAAAGCUUUUAAAUUAUUCUUGUCCUUAAUGUGUUGUUAUAUACUUAAUAUGAGAAUUUUAUUUAGUUUCCAUUGUCCAUGUUAGUUUUAAAUAUGUUAUCAAAAAGAAAAACAAGAAGUUUAACAAAUAAUUGAUAGUUAUUUCUUUCAUGUAUUAACGAAUUAAUUUGUGUUCAUUGAACUUACCUUUUAUUAUUGUUUUGCAACCAAUACUUAUUCAAACUUAUACUGGCUCAUAACUGUAAGCAAUAUUGUUUUUAAAUAUGUAAAAAAAUUAUUAUAAUAACAUAAUAAUGUACUUAUAAUAGUAUAUAAUUGAAUAUUAUAAUUAUACUAACACCACAAUUGUAUGUGAUAAACUUUUUACCAAGGCUUAUAGUAUUAAUGAAAAAAAAAUAUUGAAAUUUUACACAUUUUUAUAUCUUUAAACAAUAAUAUAUAAUUGUAUAGUGUGUUUCUAGUCUAAAAAAAUACAUUGUUAAAAUAACGUAGAGCAAGCUUUAACUAUUUUUUUUUUUUAGUAUUAAAACUUUAUAUUUGUACUUAUAUCUGUUUUGAUUAAACGUUUUGUGACACCUGUAAUAUAUCAUGAUUUGUAACUAUAAAUAUAUAAUUUCUUCACUGUCCCGUAUUAUUUUACUUUUAAACUUAGCGGCAAUUAUUAUCAUAUUUUAAUAACAGAAUUCAUGUAAAUUUACUAAUAAACAAUAACAUUUAAUCAAAACAUUGUCCACAAUUGGAUAAUCCUUAUUGUAUAUGUAUUUAUAUAAACAUAAAACUUUAUAUAUAUUUUUUUUUUUUACAGUUAAUUUUACAGCUUAUUUUUUUUUAUGCAUAAAAUAGUUAUUUUGUGUGUUGUUAAUGUUUUUAGAAUCUCUUAAACAAAAAUAUAAUAAUUUAAUUAUGUGAAGCAUUUAAAUAAAAAAAAAUAUAUAUAUAAAAA